UAUUCGGAAAUAAAUUACUACUACCAGAAAGAAAUGAAAAUGAAGAAAAUCAAAGCAGUCCCUGUUUUCCGGCUGCAGAGAGUAUGGCAAAGCACAGCAGCUACUGUCGAGGGUUCCAGCAGUGUAGUAACAGAAUAUGAUAAAGCGAAGCCCUUUGAUGAAAUACCAGGGCCUAAAGGACUACCCUAUAUUGGUACAAUGUUGAAGUAUAGGAAAGGACCAUUUGGUAAAUACAACAUAGAUAGAUAUCAGGAAUCAGUGGUAGACUUGUAUCAAAGAUAUGGAAAGAUUUGCAAAGAAACUAUUGCAGGGAGGACUAUUGUACAUUUAUUUGAUCCAGAUUAUAUUCGAACAGUCUUUCAAACGGAAGGAAAAACCCCGCAUGUGGCUCCGCUGAUGGAAACAACACAGCUAUAUAGAAAACAGAGAGGAUUUUCGCCAGGACUUGGUAACACAAAUGGUGAAGAGUGGUAUAAAUUACGUAGCGCAGUUCAGCAAAUGAUGAUGCGACCUAAAGCUGUCACAGUGUAUCUGCCAUUUGUUACUGAAGUUGCAGAUGAUUUCAUCAAGCGAUUAAAAGAGAUACGUGAUAAAAGUGGUCAUGUGAAAAAUCUUAGGAAUGAAAUUUCAAAAUGGAAUGUAGAAUCUGCAGCAAUGACGGUAUUUGAGGAGCGACUGCACUGUUUGUCGAGUGGUCCAGACUCGGAGGUACAGAAGAUGAUUGAUGCUAACUCAGAUAUGUUUACAUUGUCAGCAAAGAUGAAAUUCCAGCUUCCGUUGUAUAAAAUGUUCGAGACUCCGACAUGGAAGAAAUUGUGCAUGGCUGAGGAGUGUGUAUACAAGAUAAGUGAAAGAUAUCUAAAUGAGGCUAUAUCUCGUAUCAGUAACCUGGCCAGAAAUAAUGAACUUGAAGAGGGACAGUAUAAUUUUUUGACAUAUUUGCUCGGAAGACCAGAAUUAGACAACAGAGAUGUUACUAUCAUUUCCCUGUCCUUGUUUGGAGAUGGACUUAGUACAACAUCACCAACACUAGCCAGCAACAUCUACUGCCUCGGUAGGUUUCAAGAUGCUCAGGAAAAGGUAUACCAAGAAAUUGAGAGAGUUGUUCCCCCUGGAUCACAAAUAACUGCAGAAAUGAUCAACAAAAUGUCUUACCUUAAAGCAUUUGUGAAGGAGGCAUUCAGAUUCUUCCCAAUAGGUCUUGAUGUAGCAAGAAUACCUCAACAUAAUCUUACAAUAGGAGGUUAUCAGGUACCAGCAGGGUAUCUAGAAACACUGGUUAGGUUAUGUGGAGAAGUUGACAGUUACUUGUGGCAAUUAGGGAGGAGAUUUGCAGAACAAGAGAUGUACGUUGUGAUAAUUAAGUUGCUACAAAACUUUCGGUUAGAAUGGACACAUUCAGAUCUUGGGCAGAAGUAUCAAAUACUUAUGGUUCCCAAUGCUCCUAUAGAUGUUACUUUACAUAACAGGACAUAGCCAGGUGCCAGCAAUACCUCAUUUGAUGCCAGCUCUUCAUUUGAGGUUACUUUCUAGGUUGUGUUCAAAAUUUCAAAAUGAUUUUGAAGAAAAUAUAGUCCACCAGACUAGGACCUUACCUGCAGAGCUUUACUGUAAUAUAUCAUUUUAGGCAUUUGGAAGAUUUACAGUUAGGUUUAUUACUUGUAUUUGUCUCUGAAAGGGUAAUACCGAGGUUCUCAACACUUUAGUCAUUGGAUUAACUGGCUAUUGGCUUAAUUGACAAAAAGUAAAUCACUGAAUCUGAUAGAAAUGGAACUAAACACAAAUCCUGUAAUUCUGAUCUGUACCCCAAUAGUGCAUUGACAUACAGUAAAACACUGAUCACUCUUAACCCUUACCCUGCUAAAUUUCUAUAAUGAACUUGUUCAUCUUUCAAUCUGGACAGUAGCAUUAACUGUUAAAAAGGAUGCAUACCAAAAAGAUACUAACUGAAUGGCGAACAGUGCAGAUCAUGAUCAGACUGCACGCAAAGGCAGAAUUAGUCAUGUCCAGCACGAUAAGGGUUAAUCACAAUGCUCCAUUCAGGGAUUUGAGGGAUCUAAACAUAGAAUAUAUAAUGAAAUGGCGAAGGGCCACACAAGGUCAUUGUGCUUAAGCUAUCGAUGCUCCAGCAAGCAGUGUUCUUCUGUACAGGUAUGAUGCAAUAACGAAGAAUGAAGUUAUCCUUGGGGAAGUUUAUACACUGAAUAAAGUUUUGAGCAACUCGGUCCUAAUGUAUAACAAAUAUGAAAUGUUAUAAAAUGUCUAUUAAAUAUCAAAUGUUAGAAAUCAGUAUUAGUCUGCUUCAUAUUUUACAUGUUGUAAUGCAAAGUUUUAUAUAUAUUAUUACUGUGUUACUAUAAUAAUAAACUAACCCGCCUGCUUAGCUCAGUAAGGAGAGUGCUGAUCUACGGAUUGCGGGGUUCGAUUCGUGGGCGGGCCGUAUGUUCUCUGUGAUGAUUUGAUAAAAGACAUUGUGUAUGAAAUCAUUUGACCUCCACCUCUGAUUCAUGUGGGGAAGUUGGCGGUUACGUGCGGAGAACAGGUUUAUAUAACAAGUUUAAAAUUUAAUGCUCUCAAUUAUAAUCCAAAGCCCUGGAGCUUAGAUAUUUGCCAUGUACCAUUUUGUAAUGGUCCUCUACUACCAGUUUGUUGGAAUUUCUUACCUGGAUGAGUGGUACAGGGCAAUCAUGGCCUUCCUGUGCGGAAAUCUGAAUUCUGAAAAUUAUGAUGUAAAUAUGGGGGUACUCGGACCUUUUCCAGAAAGUACUUCUUAAAAGUUGACACCUAAUUUUAUGUAAAAAAGCUUUGAAUUCAUGCAAAUGUUACCAGUAUUUUGCAUCUGCUUAUAUUUAUGCUGCUUUAUAUUCAAAAUGUUGAAUUUUCCGCAUUUUUAACUGAUUCCAAAUUGGAUCUUUAUUCAGAUAUUAUCACAUGGUGGUUUGUUCAGCCAUUUGAUUGUUAAUAUAAUUUUUCAUAUUCAGGAGUAUAUGUUAUGUUGAAUUUUAUCAAUCAGUUGUAUGUAUUAUGUUAAAUUUUACCAAUCAGUAGUAUGUAUUAUGUUGAAUUUUACCAGUCAAUAGUAUAUAUUAUGUUGAAUUUUACCUUUUGGUUGUAUGUAUUAUGUUGAAUUUUACUAAUCAGUUGUAUGUUAUAAUCAUGUUGAAUUUCACCAGUCAGUUGUGUAUAGUAUGUUGAAUUUUACUAUUAACCAACAUUGCUCAGGAUAAUUUUUUAGCAUUUGAAUAAUUAUCCAAAGUUUUAAAAGUUUGGGAGUAAAUUGGAAACUGCAGAAAAAGUCUUGGAUAAAAAAAGUGUUGAUAGCUUGACAGACUGUCACACGUCAGAUAGAUCUUGCACAAUAAGAUAUAUGAUAGCUUUGGCUGAAACAGACUUUUUCAGUCCAGGGAAAGUUUACAAUCCCUUGUUUCUUUGAUUUGAAGCCAUAAUAUUUAUACAUCUGAAAAUCUAAGAAGUAAAUUCAACAAAUAGAUAUUUGAUAAUUUAAAAAAAAAUCUGUCUGCAUUGUAUCUGAGACCACUAUAAGAAUACUAUUGCAUUUAAGUAUUUGGAGUAGCAGUCCAAUAGUUUUUGGAAGUGAAAAUUAGCUUUUCAGAUAUUUAAAGAAUGUUUUGCAUAAAUCCUGAAGCAUGGGCAUUAAUUGCACACAAAUUCUAGGCAUAUUCCAGUUUUUCACUCAAUGAUAAUUGGACUCCUAGCUAAAUAUAGAUUUUAUUUGGUUAAAUAGAUGGGGCAUAUUUGUUGGGUGUUUUUUUCACAGAAUGAGCAAGAGAUGUAAUAUUUUCAGGAAUUGUGCACCCACUUGAUAAUAUUUCAUCUGAUGUACACCAUGUGAACGUUAUUUCAACAAACAAAUUUUCUUAUUUUAUGUCUUUUCAGUGUUUUUAGCUCGCCAAAGGCUCAGGGUGAGCUAUUGUGAUCGCUCACCAUCCGGCAUCCGUCCGUCCGUCCGACCCUCCACACUUUCCUUUAAACAACAUCUCCUCCUAAACCACCAAGCCAAUUUUGAUGAAACUUCACAGGGAUGAUCCUUGGAUGGUCUUUUUAGCUCACCUGUCACAUAGUGACAAGGUGAGCUUUUGUGAGCACCCUUCGUCCGUUGUCAGUCCGUGCGUGCGUCCGUCCGUGCGUCACAAUUUCUUGUCUGCACGAUAGUGGUUUCAUUUAUGAUUUUAUUAUGCCCCCCUUCGAAGAAGGUGGGGUAUAUUGUUUUGCAGAUGUCGGUCGGUCGGUCGGUCGGUCGGUCGGAAUGUAGACCAAUCCGUUUCCGGAUGAUAACUCAAGAACGCUUGGGCCUAGGAUCAUGAAAGUUGAUAGGGAGGUUGGUCAUCACCAGCAGAUGACCCCUAUUGAUUUUGAGGUCUGUAUGUCAAAGGUCAAGGUCACAGUGACCCUGAAUAGUAAAACGGUUUCCGGAUGAUAACUCAAGAACGCUUGGGCCUAGGAUCAUGAAAGUUGAUAAGGAGGUUGGUCAUGACCAGCAGAUGACCUCUAUUGAUUUUGAGGUCAAUAUGUUAAAGGUCAAGGUCACAGUGACCCUGAACAGUUAAUAGUUUCUGGAUGAUAA